CCCAAGACUAACAACCCAAGGAAACCCGGUUCAUAUGACGGAAUCUGACAUUCGUUCCAUUCCAGCGAAGAACAGGAACUGAAAAGCGACACCGAGAGAGAAUCGAGAUACCUAGUGACUGUUUAAGACUGACCUGUUGUCGAUCUACCAUAGGUAGUCUCUUUUUCGAUUCUAGCUGUACGUGGAUGGUUUCCUCUACCUACCUAACCUACCCAAGUAGCUUCUUCUUCUUCUUCCAUUUCCUGAAACCAGGGCACCGCACCUCUUGUACCUGGUCGCGUGAGACAUCAUCAUCGAUCGGACCCUUUUUUUGCUUUCCUGCGGUUCAUUCCACUUUCGGCCUUCAAUUUCCUUUGGAAGGUUUGGACCUUGCCAACUGUCUAGCUUCGCUUUGAAGCUUCUCUAGCUUCUCUAGCUUUCUUUAACACCCGCCGAGCCGCGCCGAUCGAAACGAACCAACCUAUCCUACCUAUUCUAACCGACCCCGGGCCGGGACCCCUCUACAACGAACAAACAAACAGCUCUUAUACGUACACACGACCUCGAGGGACUUUGGGCAAACAUCAUCGCGAAGCGGAUCUUAUAGCCCGCCCGCCCGCUGUUCGCCGUAUCGUCAUCGACCUCAUCGAGUCUGUCUACACCGCCGACACCUCCACCACCAAGCAGCACGCAUCUCGUCAUCUAGACAAAGCAAAACAAACAGCCAUCACAAUGCGCCCCCCAACAACCCCCCUAGCCGGCGCCGCAGCAGCCACCGUCCUCCUUCUGGCCGGUGGCCUCCCCUCGACAAUUACCACAGCCGCCGCCGCCGCCGCCGCCGCACCAGCCGAAAUAAUGCGCUGCAAGGAAAUCGUCGUGGACGGACACAAGUACGACUUUGGCGAGCUCGGCGGGCCGCACACGGUGGUGACGAACGAGUACGAUCCGCCGGCCUACUACAAUUACACGUACACGCUGGACAUCUGUGCGCCGCUGAAGAGGAAGGGGGACGUAAAGAAGGAGGAGCAGUGUGGGGGGGAUGCUAGAGUCUGCAGACUCAAACACCACUACUCCCCCUCGGACAAGAAAUCCACCUUCGAAACAGCCACCACCCUCGCCGGCGGCUCCUCCUUCCACUACGAAGCCACCAAGCUCGAUUCCUCGUCCGACCACAAAGACGGCGGCGUCAAGUUGACGUUUUCCGGGUACAAACACCAAGGACGACAGCAAAAGGUGGUUAUUAACUUUGUCUGCAACAAGACCCUAACUGGCACGGAAGGCGAAGUAGAAAGCAGCGAGGACAUUCAAUACGAGAAACCCAAGCUUCUUCUUGCGACAAGAGAUGACAACGACAAAAAGAAGGAAGAGGAAGGCGACGAUGGAUACCCCGAAACGCAACUACUCAAGAACGAAACGGCGACGGCGCUACUGUGGAAUGGGUACAAGCGGGUUGGUGACGAUGUGGAUCAGCUUGAGUUGACGUGGAAUACCAAGUUUGCUUGUUUGGAUGCUUCCGGUGGCGACAAGGAUAAGCCUAAAGAUGGCGAUGACAAGGAUAAGCCGAAGGACGGGGACAAGGACAAACCCAAGGAUGGCGACAACAAGGACGGCGGCGGCAACAAGGGAGGGAAUGGCGAGGAGGAUAUCAACAAGUCUUGGGGGUUCUUUACUUGGCUUGUGGUUCUCCUCUUCCUAGGCAUAGCCGCCUACCUCAUCUUUGGCUCCUGGCUCAACUACAACCGAUACGGCGCGCGUGGUUGGGACCUCCUGCCGCAUGGGGACACGAUCCGCGACAUUCCUUACCUGCUCAAGGACUGGACGAGACGGGUGUUGAACACCGUGCAAAGCAGUGGGAGUCGGGGAGGGUACUCGGCCGUUUAGGAGGGGUCAUCAGUCGAGAAUGGAUGUGCUUCCGAGGUGGAGAGGACAUUAGGGUGUAACUGAAGAGGAGGCGGAAGAGGAUGAGCCGGGGGUAUAUGUAUGAGAUGUCUUAGCAGUGGGCUGAUGAUGGGAGGAUGGGUUGACGAAUGGUGAAAGGGGGGGGGGGGGGGGGAAGACGCAAAGGAUCGGAUACGACGCAAACAGAACUGCUGCUACUGCUUGCUUGCUUGCUGUAAGCUGUCAGGGCGCGCACGAUGCAGAACCUCCGAAAUGAUUGUUUGCAAUUACAAGACUCUUUUUUUUUUGUUUUUUUCGUACAAGUACUUACGCUAGGGAUACAUUUUCUUCAGGAUUGGCGUUUUUGGGAAUGAUGGAUAUCCAGAUCUCUCCUGUAUCGGCGCGUCUUAAGCAGUGAUUGAUUACGUCUGUCUGGUCCGGGAAAGGCGAUGUCAAGCUGGCUGUUGGGUGACACAGUCAGAGGAGAUGGUACGCUUUUAAAUUUCUCUGUAUGAUCGAUCAUCACGGGCAUUGCCAUGAAGCCCCUAUAUUCUUCAGAUGUAUUCAAAGCAUGUGUCUUAUUUACUUCCGAU